AUGCAGCUCAAGACCCUCCUCCUCUCCCUGCUCGCUUCUUCGGCGGCAGCCAAGCGUAGCUGCGGUACCCCCAACGCUACCGAGGAGCAGAUUCAAAUCGCCCAGAACCUCCAGAUCCUCGAGUCUGAGGCUGGUUUCGGCGAGACGAGCCUUGCCGCUGCUGCCACGAUCAGCAUCAAGGUCUACUGGCACGUCACUGCCACCGACAAGACCGUUGCUGGUGGCUACCUUACCCAAGCGGCCCUAGACGGGCAGCUUGAUGUGCUAAACACCGCAUAUGCCCCUCACGGCAUCUCGUUCAGCCAGGCUGGUGUAGACUGGACCGUCAACGCCAACUACGCCAACGACAAAGCCGAGCUGGCCAUGAAGAAGGCUCUCCGCAAGGGCACAUACGCCGACCUGAACGUAUACUUCACCCCCGGCACACAGUACCUGGGGUACGCAUACUUCCCCCAGGCCGUCACCUCGGGCUCCAACGCCUUCUACCAGGACGGUGUUGUCAUCCGCUCUUCCACCGUGCCUGGUGGUUCGGAGACGGACUACAACCUUGGCCACACAGCGACUCACGAGAUCGGUCACUGGCUGGGUCUGUACCACACCUUCCAGGGCGGCUGCACUGGCUCUGGCGACUAUGUUUCCGACACCCCUGCUGAGGCCUCGGAAUCCUACGGCUGCGCAAAGACGCGCGACUCUUGCCCCAGCCAGGCUGGUCUUGACCCCGUCACCAACUUCAUGGACUACUCUGAUGACUCUUGCUUCACUGGCUUCACCGCCGGCCAGGAGACUCGCAUCUACAGCUACUGGAACUCGUACCGUGCCGGCAAAUAA